ACUAUGAAUGGUCAUCUUACAUAUCAUAAGAGGAUCCACACAGGAGAGAAGCCCUAUAAAUGCAUGGAAUGUGGAAAGAGCUUCGCUUUUAGUACUGCUCUUACUUCGCAUUACCGGAUCCAUACAGGGGAGAAGCCCUAUAAAUGCAUGGAAUGUGGAAAGAGCUUCAGUUUUAGUACUUCUCUUACUUCCCAUUACUGGAUCCAUACAGGGGUGAAGCCAUAUAAGUGCACAAAGUGUGGAAAGAGCUUCUGUGAAAAUUCGUCUCUUACUGUCCAUAAAAGGAUCCACACAGGAGAGAAGCCCUAUAAAUGCAUUGAAUGUGGAAAGAGCUUCCCUAAGAGCAGUGAACUUGUUUUCCAUAAAAAGAUCCACACGGGGGAAAAGCCACAUAAAUGCAUGGAGUGUGGGAAGAGCUUUACUACAAAGAGUUAUCUUAACACCCAUAAAAGGAUCCACACAGGGGAGAAGCCAAAUAAAUGCAUGGAAUGUGGAAAGAGUUUUUCUACAAAGAGUUAUCUUAACACCCAUAAAAGGAUCCACACAGGGGAGAAGCCAUAUAAAUGCAUGGAGUGUGGAAAGAGCUUUAUUAAGAAGUGCCUACUUAUUUACCAUAGUAGGAUACAUACAGGGGAGAAGCCUUUUAAAUGCAUGGAAUGUGGAAAGAGUUUUUCUAUGAACAGUUACCUUAAUAUCCAUAAAAGGAUUCACACGGGAGAAAAGCCUUAUAAAUGCCUGGAGUGUGGAAAGAGCUUCUGCGAAAACAUCUCUCUUACUGUUCAUAAAAGGAUCCACACAGGGGAAAAGCCGUACAAGUGCUUGGAAUGUGGAAAGAGCUUCAGAACAAGCAGUCAUCUUAUUUACCACAACUGGAUCCACACAGGGGAGAAGCCUUAUAAAUGCAUGGAGUGUGGAAAAGCCUUUAUUCAGAAUAGUCAUCUGACUUCCCAUAAACGAAUCCAUACAGAGGAAAAGCCGUAUAAGUGCACGGAGUGUGGAAAGAGUUUCAGAGAGAGUCGUUCCCUUACAUCCCAUAAAAGGAUCCACACAGGAGAGAAGCCAUACCAAUGCACGGAGUGUGGGAAGACCUUUAUUCAGAGCAGUCAUCUUACUUCCCAUAAAUGGAUCCACACAGGAGAGAAGCCAUAUAACUGCAUGGAGUGUGGAAAGGGCUUCAGUCAAAGGAGUUCUUUUAUUUCCCAUAACAGGAUCCACACAGGGGAGAAGCCGUAUAAAUGCCCUGAAUGUGGAAAGGGCUUUAUUAAGAGCAGUCAUCUUACCUCCCAUAAAAGAGUCCAUACAGAGGAGAAGCCGUAUAAGUGCACGGAGUGUGGAAAGAGUUUCAGAGAGAGCCGUUCCCUUACAUCUCAUAAAAGAAUCCACACAGGAGAGAAGCCAUAUCAAUGCACCGAGUGUGGCAAGACCUUUAUUCAGAGCAGUCAACUUACUUCGCAUAAAAGGAAACACACAGGGGAGAAGCCAUAUCAAUGCACGGAAUGUGGAAAGAGCUUCAGUCAUAAUAGUUCCUUUACUUCCCAUAAAAGGAUCCACACAGGGGAAAAGCCAUAUAAAUGCAUGGAGUGUGGAAAGGGAUUCAGUCAAAGGAGUUCCUUUACUUCCCAUAAAAGGAUCCACACAGGGGAGAAGCCGUAUAAGUGUGCGGAGUGUGGAAAGGACUUUACUACGAGCAGUUAUCUUAACUCUCAUAAAAGGAUCCACACAGGAGAGGAGCUAUUCAAGUGCAUGGAGUGUGGAAAGGGCUUCUGUCAAAUGUCGUCCCUUAUGAGACAUAAAAGAAUCCAUUCAGGGGAAAAGCCAUAUAAAUGUGUGGAGUGGGAAAAUGACUUACUUUUCCAUACACCGAUCCAUUUUGGUUCAAAUCCAUUUAAAUUCCAGAUUUAGUGGGUGAAAUCUAUGCAUUUCCUAUUUGUGUGUGCUGAACUAGGAAAGUGG